AUGCCUUGGUCUUUCGCUCUACCUCAUGUACUUUUCGCCAACCCCUACCUAGCGGUUGCGACCCCAAUCACCGCAGGAACUGGAGUGGCCCUCUUGACCAAUCGAAAGCAAAAUCGUGAAACCUACAAGCAGCUGAAGCAACCGCCCUACAGUCCCCCAGGAUGGCUCUUCGCACCGGCCUGGACCAUCCUUUACGGAUUGAUGGGUUACGCCUCUCACCACGCCACCAACACCGCGUCACAAUCUUUUUCUCUAGCUGUCCGUGAUGCCAAUUCCACUGCCCAGACCCUCUAUACCACGCAAUUGGCCUUGAAUUUCCUCUGGAUGCCCCUCUUCUUCCGGCUACGCCAACCGGCCUUAGCGUUGGGAGAUCUGGCCCUAUUAGCGGGCAACGUAGGUACCCUGAUGGUCAACUGGUGGACGGCCGAUCGGACCGCUUUCUGGUGUCUUGUUCCCUACGCUGCUUGGCUUGGAUAUGCGGCGUAUCUCAAUGCCGGCUUUGGUGUUCUGAAUGGAUGGACGGUGCCAACUGAGAAGGAGCGACUACCAACCACUGCAUGUGGGCCGAAAAUGGAAACCCAGGACGAUAGCAUCGACCUUGCAAAGUUGCAACGCGACGCGUUGGGGCUACCCCAGGAGCACGAUCCAUCUCAUUCGUACCUUUCGGAUGCUGCAAAAACUGUUAACGAGCCGAAUCACACUCUUUGUUACACAUACCACCAAGUGAAGGGCUCUUCCAAUGGUGACGGAGUGUGCACCGGCAAACACCUACCUCCGAAAAUCCCAUCGAGCCCCACGAGCGUUGCGCACCAACAUCAGCCUCCUCUGUCACGACCUCCGCGAUAUGAAAAACGAGCAAUGAUGUCUGAAAAGAGUGGCAUUGAACAGGGCAUUCCACCGGGCUCGCAAUUCGGCAACAUGAGCUCCGCAGAGGGUACUCCUGGGGAUACCCAGGUCGUCUCGCAGUCAGUGUACGACAGCAUUAUCAGACAAAAUGGAGAGUCCAUGCAACAAGACUAUUCCCAAACAGGAGCAAAUGGAGCGACUUUGAGGACAUUGUAUGAGGGCGACAGCGGCCACAUCGACCUUCUCUCCGAAUUGGACGCCGCACACCAUGGAACGAACCUCUCCCAAGACGACGAUGAUAACGACGACGAGAGUGUCAUCGAUCAGAACGAGUCGUCUCCAAUGGCCUACGCACCCAAUCUCUUCCCCGAAUCACAACGAUUUCUAGCAGAAACACCCGGAACGACGAAGAAGAAUGAGACCGUGGGUGAGACAACAGAGACUCCGAGCAUCUCGCGGAAUCCCCUCGCUAGUGGGAUCGAGUCAAGUGGCGGUCUGCUUGGUUUGAGCCAGGUUUUUGGGGCUACCCAGGCCCCGUCGUCUCCUAUUGUCCACGGCCUGCAGACGGAGCUUGUAUCGGAUCGUCCAUCACCCAAUAUCCCUAUUCAGUCCGCUCGUGUUGUUAAUGGUAUUUCGUCGCCGCUGAUGGGUCUGCCAGUUCAGUUCGUGAGAGAAUCAUCCGAACCGAAUUUGAACUACAUAUCGAUGAAGGAAUCACAGACAAAGCGCGACAGGGCUUUGGGCGAGAGGUUGACUCGCUCGGCUGACAACAUUCAAUCGGACCAGAGUGACAGGGAAUUCUAUAAAGAGUCAAGCUUCAUAGAACGUGCACGACGACAGCGUGAAAUAGAUGAGGAAGCUGCGGCUCAGUUCGCUGGACUGAGUGCUCCUGCCAGAUCUACAUCCAAUCUCUCCGCUAGACUACAAACUUCUCGCCAGCAGCUAGGAGAACUACAAGAAGACCAGGAAAUGAUAGAAGCUGUUGCCAGCGAGGAAGAAACCGAACAGGAAGAAGAUAUGCAAGUGCUCCGAUCACAAGAGCUUCCUCAAUCUUCAGCCGAAGAAGACAAAGAGAACUACAACGGGCCCCCUCUGGAUGCCGCUGCUGCCGCCGCUGCUAGUGCUCAUGACCGACUAUCACAAGUGCUCGGGUUUGAGCCGAUUCAAUCCCCAUCCCGUGUGAGAGUCGACGAAGAACUCGAGGAUGAUAUAGCUCACCGAGGCUCCUUCGGCUCCUACAAUGGUAGUCAGCCGAACGGUGUAGUGCGUUCUUCACAGGUGUUGGUAAAAGACUCUCAGCCAUCACCUCAAUCAUCCUCGAAAUGCAUCGAAGCGGAUAAUACUAGGAACGGUAUUCAUCCGUCGCCUUCGCGUUCUCAUGUGGUUUCUCCUGCGCAAGACCGUGUUCAGUCCUCCUCUCCCUACUCACGACCGCAAUCAAGACAUUCGAACGACAAUAUCCAGACAAAUGGCUCAGUAUCAAAAGGACAUGCCAUCCAACAUGUUCAGAGUGCACCCCCUAACGGGAAUAUACCAACACACUCUAGCAACCCCUCGGAGCAGCAACAUAUAAACUCAUCUCAUUCCAGAGUGGACACGGGAACUGCAGGCAACUCAUCAUCGAUGCCAUCUCGUGUGACUGAGACGCCUAUGAAUCAACGUCUUAAGCAUAUUGGUGAUAUGGCUCGAUUGACGAGUAUCCCAGAAACAAGUCCCAAUCAUUCCCAAUGCGACUCCGAGGCUGGAUCCAACGGCGAUGGGCUGAACAACGAAGACGACGAUCUUCCACCCAUGUUCAAUGAAGUUCCCAGUAUUCGAAAGAACCAUAUUCGCCCAGCUGGGGCAAAAGCACUCUCUUCCCCUCUCAAAAAAUUGUUGUCCAGCCCGGGCGGAGGCCAACGCAGGGCUUUGACUGAGAUUGCGGCAGACCUUUCUCCACAGGUUGGUGCAGCAGGAUUUGAUCUAGGAAUCGGUGUCUUUACCACCGAUGAUCAAGAGUUCAGAGCAUUGAUUGAUGGAUCACCGACUCGACCGAAGAAGAAGCGGCGCGGCAAUGAUGGCUCGAGUUACAUUGCCUCCGAUCCUAUCAUACCUCUCACCCCUCGUGCACAGCCCCCAAAAUCUGUUGCACCCAUUCGAGCAAUACAGGAACGGCCAGCUUCUAUUCAUGCAGAAUCGGAUGAUGUGCCUUUGGUGCAGGUCCCCGAAAAAGUAGUGCGAAGACAAUCAAAGCCCCCGCGACGAGCUCCCGAGAAUGUUUGGGAAAUUGAGGGAUCGCCUGAACAGCCCUUACGCCGGAGACCAAGAAUUGGCAAGAUGGCUAACUCGCUGUCUACACAAGAGAAGCAUGCUCCAGAAACGAGCUCCAGGCUUGCUGCCAAGUCAGCACCCCCACCAAAGGUUGUCGUUCACAGUCGGCCACCACCUCCGUCAUCAGAACCCACCGAGGUUUCAUCAACAAUUGCCUCGGAUGAUAUCAUUGAGUCGGAGGCCUAUAGUGUCGAUAACUCUCCUACGACGCCUCGACCCUCGCACACUUUAUCUGAAAGCACUCUGGUUGCUCCAAGUCAGGUCCUUUCUGUCUGGAUGGGUCAGAAACGGGCAUACUACCCAGGCACGUGCUUUGGAACACCACUAGGUGUAUCGCAAACUAAAUACUCUGUGAAAUUUGAGGACAGUCUUCCUAUCGAGGUGCCGAAGGGUGCCGUUAAAAGAUUCGAGCUUCGUGUCGGAGACGGUGUCAAAAUCGAUAUGCCUAAUGUUCCAAAGGUCACUCAUGUGGUCCGUGGAUUCGGUGACAAGCUCACUAGAGAAGAGCUGGCUAAGGCCGCCGCCGACGGUCUUCACCCUAUGACCGAUAUUUACGGUCACACAACUGUUAUAGUCGGCCCCAAGCAACGCAAAAGUCUGCCAAAUGGAGGUAUUGGCAAUAGCGAGAAUGUGAUUAAGGUGCCCAUUGCUCGUGUAUAUCUUGAUACUAUCCUGUGGAAUCAACUCAAAGAUCGGGCGUUCACAUAUCGCCCGGCGCCUGUUCAGCAAGAGAGCAUGGUCCAUACCCCGUCCGAAAGGUCGUCCGCGCCUGCUUCUCCCAGUUCUCGCUUGUCUCGCAGUAUCCAACAAGGCAGUGGAAUCUUCUCUGGGAUGGUAUUUGCAGUCUCUUACAAAGAGGAUGAAGCAUCUAAAAAUCGUGUGACUAGGCUUAUCAUCGAAAAUGGUGGCACUGUAUUACAUGAUGGAUUUACUGAAUUGUUCGAGGCUUCAUCAAUUGUUCCUGUUGAUACUCCGAUCAAGGGUGGGGCCAAAGACGUAGAUCUCAAUGACAAAGGUCUUCGUCUUACAGCUCUUGCUAGCGACGUUGGCUUUGCCUGUUUGAUUGCCGAUACCCACUCUCGGCGAGAGAAAUACAUGCAAGCACUAGCACUGAACCUCCCAUGUCUGGCCGGCCGGUGGGUAGAGGACUGUAUAGCCCAAGGUCGCGUCCUCGACUGGGAUAUCUACCUCCUCCCAGCUGGCGAUUCAAUGUAUCUCAACGGAGCGACAAAAUCCAGAGUUAUGGCUCCCAAUCCUCCAUCCACGGCCCGCCUCGCCGAAACAAUCUCCGCACGAACCAAGCUGCUUGCAGGGCAAUCAGUGCUCCUUGUCAUGGGCCGUGGAAAGGCAGAGGAAAAGAGGAAAGCCUACAUCUUCCUGACUUAUGCCCUAGGGGCUUCCAGAGUUGAGCGUGUGCCUGAUCUCGGCACGGCCAGGGCAUUGAUAGAGUCGCAGUCCGAUUCAGGCCUACCGACUAACUGGGACUGGAUCUAUGUUGACGAUGCAGAUCAAGCUGCUGCAAAAUCGAUGUUAACACCCAAGCCCAAGAUGCAGCGAAUUCAUUUGUUCCAUGGGAAGAAACGCAGGAAGUCGAUUGCAUCGUCCACUCCUACGCCCCCUAAUGAGUUGCAAUGUACUGCGAGGGUUGUCGGUAAUGAGUUUGUUUGUCAAAGUUUGAUUUUAGGUCGCUUGUUUGAGGAGUGA